AUGCCCGCCUCGCUCGACAAGCUCCCCGAAGAGCUCUACAAACUCAUCCUCGACCACGUCGAGGACGCCGACAAGAGCUGGCGCGAGCGUGGACCUGAGCCAGACGACGACGGCGCCGACCCCGACACGACCAGCGUCAAGGCUCGAUGGUCAACAUGGUACGGCCAAGGCGUGUUCUCGCUCGCGCACGUCGACAAGCGGUGGAAUGCGCUCGCUCGCUCGAUCCUGUUCAAGCGCAUUCGAUGGUCCGCCUUCGCCUCGUCGUUCUUCCAGCUCUACAUCCUCGGCGAGCCCUUGGGCCGCUACGUCAAGGAGCUCGACCUGUGCUACGAAGGCGGCGCCCUCCCACCGGGCGUCGCGUGGGCGUGCGCUCUGCAGAAGCUCCCCGAGCUCGCCGCCAUCUCGAUCAACCACGACGCUCAUGACGUCUACCUCGACCACGUCGACCCACGGCGCCUGCGCACCCUCAACAUCUGGUUCCAGGACACGGUUCGCCUGUACGACAUGCCCGCCCUCCUGCGGCACCUUGUCGCGCUGCGCGAGCUCGAGCUCGACUUUGUCAACGUCGACGACAACGACUACGAGCUCGAGGACGACCCGGCCCGAGCGUUGCUCCCGUCGAUCAAGACGCUCGAGUUACACGACGUCGCGGUCGAGGACAGCUUGCGAUUCGCCGCCGCCUUCACGCCCAACAUCACGGCCUUGACGGUCACCUUCUUAGACCAGUACCUCUUUCGCGAUCCAGAGCUUCACGUCAAGCUCGUCCCUGACGCCGCCGCACGCGUCAGCGUCACGUUCCUAGAGCCGACCAGACCACCCACCAGCCUGCGCGAGCUUGUCCUCGACAUCCCGCUCUCGGCCCUCGUCACGCGAGCCGAGCUGCGCCGUCUCGAGGCGCUGUGCGACCGACUCGGCAUCGCCUACCGCGCGCACACCCGAUACGCAGCGCGUUGGCCGUUGCUCCGCCAACCCGGUCCCGCUCGACGACCCGCGCCGGCUCGGGUCCGCGAGACCAGGGACACGCUCGCGUGGGCGACGGCCCGCAUGCAGUGGCUCGUCGACACGGUCGACGCGCAGGGACUCGACGAGAUGGUCGCCUCGACGCAUGGGCUUCGGGAUCGGCGAGCGAUCGAGCGCUCGUGA